AUGAUCGAAGCGCUAUACAAUAUGUCCUGGGUGAUUUAUUCUGCCAUUGAGAUAAGUAAAAGAGUGAGAACAAAAGACGCACUUGUAUUCCGCAGACAAUGCGGCACUCUGCCUCCUUGUGAAUGGGUCAAUAUUUCUUUUCAUGGCGGCGACAAGCUCAAGAUCCUCAACUCACCGCCAAGUGAUCUUGUCAACGAUGUUAUUGCUGCUUUCGUAAAGGAUAUCCAAAGACAUGAAGUAACAGCGGAACGAGCCAAAAUCAAGUUUAAAGGAUUUCCCUGGCGAAGCGUUGGCCAUGAUGAUGAAGACGAGACGCAGAUGAAGCUUUUGACGUUACUUGAAGUUGUCGAGAGGAAUGGCUUCACACUUUAUGCAAGGACAACGGCAAGGUAUAGUGAUGAGACGAGCGAAUCGAAUGUUUUGAUCUUUCAGAGGCGGCUUGAAUGGGUUUCUGGGACCUCGGUUUAUAAGAAAUAG